AUGACGGAAAUAAAUCUGAGGAAGUUUCACGCAUCAGCAACUUCUCGCCUUAUGGAUCAGGUCCGAAAGGCAGGAACAGGUGAAUUGGACUCCGCGAAGGCUGAACAAAUGCUGAAGUCCGGUAGUGGUCAUUAUGACCGCAUGUUGCAGAAUCACGAAACAUUAAUUCGCUCGGCCAAAGACGAGGAGCUUGAGGUACAUACAUCUUGGUGGCAUUCCACUGAAGAAAUCUACAACGAGUUAUGUGCAAGUCUUCUGCGUCUACGUAGAGUGCAAGUUAAUCCUGGAGACUCCGUCAUCCAGCGUAAGGGAGAUCCGCCUAUUGAGUUGAAACUCGAGCCAUUAAACAUUCCAACCUUUGACGGAGCGCUGCACAAUUGGUUGGCCUUUAAGGACGCCUUUGAAACAUUAGUGCACAACAGGGAUUUACCGCCAGCAUAUAAACUCGGUAAAUUGCGUCAAGCUGUGCCAUCAGCAUCGGUUCCUCUGUUAGCAGAAGUACAUGUCGCUCGCUUCCUCAACCUCGCACCAGUGUCGGAGGACUCUGCAAAGACGCUGCUGAAUAUCGUCGAUGUAGUGAGCGAGUCCCUGCGUGCAUUGACUGUUAUGAAAUUGCCAGUGACUGAGUGGGACGCAUUGACAGUACCCAUUGUAUUCUCGAAACUUCCAUCUGUAACACAGCGUGAGUGGUGCAUGCACUGUUCUCCGACUGAGAUAAGCAGCUUAACAGAUUUAUUGCAAUUUCUGGAGAAGAGAGCGCACAGUCUUUCCACAGAGCUUGUACGGGUGCGUCCCGGCUCUGAACAAGGGGUAGGACGUCAGCAAGGGCGAUCGUCAUCAGCACGUGCAGUUAAAUGCAAUUUAGCGUCCGAGAAUUCUAAGUGUCCAUACUGCCAGUGUGCUCACAAGAUCAUACGUUGUCCAAGAAUAUUAGAUUUGCCACCAGAAAAACGAUUUGAGGCCCUAAGAAAGUCUGGUCUGUGCUUUAAUUGUUUAGGACAAGGGCAUUUAUCCAACCAGAGCUCUUCAGGUGGAUGCCAUAAGUGCGGACGCAAACACAAUACAAUUUUCUGCCGUGAUUCUCCAAACACUGCCGCAGCUGCGGCAUCGAAGGCCGCCAUGCCUGCCACGUCCAAUCCCCCAUCGUCGCAGGUUAAGUCAUCUACGCCCACAUCAUCAUCUUUAUGA